UAUUUAAGCGCCAGCAGCACGGACGAGUGAGCUUCCUGUCAAACCCAGACCUGACAGAUCGACUCAAGGCUCUCUGGCGCGUCUUAAAAAUCUAUUUGACAUUCAUUUAACGGGAUAUUACAGUACUACGGAUGAUAAUUCGCCGUUUCGAUCGCGUAUUAAAUGAGCUGUGACUCGAAGUGGAUUUAAAUUGUCGUCUUUGGCUAACUGGCUAAUGCUAGCGAGCUGGAAUGGGAAACGCUGGGAAAAAAUGAAAGCGGAAGAGUGACGUGUUGGAUUACGAAAGCGGAAGUGCUGGAGUGCGGAUUGUUGAUCUGGAAGCAGGUUUCUUUGUAGAAACGGAGGGAUGGACGGAGACGAAAGAGCAACUUCUGAAAGGAUUCUUCUGGAACCGUACAAGUACUUGUUACAGCUGCCAGGUGAUUAUCGAGGAGACGGAGAUGCUGCACAACGCCAGUCUGCUGAUCGAUGACAUUGAAGACAGCUCCAAGCUGCGGCGCGGUUUCCCGGUGGCCCACAGCAUCUACGGCGUGCCGUCGGUCAUCAACUCCGCCAACUACGUCUACUUCCUGGGCCUGGAGAAGGUGCUGACGCUAGAGCACCCCGAGGCCGUGCGUCUCUUCACCCGUCAGCUGCUGGAGCUGCACCGCGGCCAGGGCCUGGACAUCCACUGGAGGGACACCUACACCUGCCCCAGCGAGGACGAGUACCGCUGCAUGGUGCUGCAGAAAACCGGCGGCCUCUUCGGCCUCGCCGUGGGCCUCAUGCAGCUCUUCUCCCACUGGAAACCAGAUCUGAAGCCGCUUUUUUGGACGCCCUGGGGCUCUUCUUCCCAGAUCCGGGACGACUACGCCAACCUGAACUCGACGGAGCACAGCGAGAACAAGAGCUUCUGCGAGGAUCUGACGGAGGGCAAGUUCUCCUUCCCCACAAUCCACCCCAUCUCGUCCCGAGACCAAGAACACGCACAUAACAUAACACCCCACCGCACCGAAAACAAAAAUAUCAAACCAAACUCCACUGACUAUACUAACAAGAUAAGCUCGUUCUCUUACACUUACACUCGUCAGACGCUGCUGGACCUGGAGGCCGAAGCCUAUCGCUUGAUCGCUGACCUCGGAGGGAAUCCAGAACUGGAGGCUCUGCUGCAGCAUCUGAGUCGCCUGUAUAAAGAGCCCGGGGGCGGAGCUUCGGCCGGCCAAUCGAAAGAGCUCAGGGGCGGAGCUUCACUGUGAUUAAACUGUACUGUUACUUUGACUCCACUGCAAAGUGCCUUCAGUCCAAAGUCUGUUUUGUCUCGUUCAUAUUUCUGACACAUCAAGUGUAACAGGAACUUUACUGGCCUCUUAGUCACAAAUAUUCAGUGUACUAUAAUUGGCAUCUUAUGGUGGACAGAUGCUGCUCGUUUCAUUUCAUAAAUGACAAACUUAAACAAACUGGCAGAGAAAAACACUGUUUAAAUGUCUUAUUUCACCAGAAAAUCAAAAACAUUAUUUUGCUUUAAAAAAAAAAAAUUUGUUGUUUUUUUUUGGUAUUGUGACUAUUUUCAUGACCGAUAUUUGUAAUACUACUACUACUAAUAAUAAUAAUAAUUAUAAUUAUAAUCAUUAUUAUUAAAACUGUCAGAUGAAGCAACGUUUAAUGUAAUUUCACCACAAAAUAAAAGCAAAUACAUUAUUUUGCUUUAAGAAAAUUAUUAUUUUGUAUUGACUAUUUUCAUGACAGUUAUUUGUAAUACUAAUAUUACUACUUAAAAUAAUUAUAAUUAUUAAAACUGUCAGAUGAAAAUUAAAGUUUUGUCAUUUCAGCACAAAAUCCAAACAAAUACAUUUUGCUUUAAUGAAAUGUUUUUUUUUUUAUUGUACAAUUAUUUUCAUAUUAAUAAGCGAUUAAUUUAAAUGACAUUAUUAUUAUUAAGAAGCGUCUUUUGUACUGCCUUUAAUAGAAUUUAAAUCAGCAUCUAAUAUAGGUUACUGUAAAAGAGUGAAAAUCUAAUGAUAAUCACCACUGAGGCAGAAUAUUCUUAAUUGGCAUGAUGUUCUCACAAGAAAUAGAUGUUGUUAUUAUUAAUUUAUAAUUAAUAAUAAUAAUCUAAUUUUUAAUAUUUUAUUAUAUAUAUAUAUAAUAUAUUAUUGUUUUUUUUGUUUUUUUGCUUAUGAUUUUGGGGUGAAUUCGACUUGGAUUUUUUUUUUUUUUUUUUUCAUUAAAAUGUUAUUAAAUGAGAGCAGAUUGCCUUCCCCAUGUGAUGAAGCGUGUGCUGAUCAGCUGCAGUGACCGGGACGAGCUGUGCACGCUUUAACACUCCUCAAGUUCAUGUCCUUCUCUAUUUUAGCAGCUUUUGUUGUUUGUGACUGAUAUUUAUGAUGGGCAGAAUCACAGACGGAUCCAUCACUUGAUGCUCAGAUAACUCUGAAAUAGUGCAUUCAGAUGAGAUCUUACGUGUUUGAUGUAUGACAGGUCACUGGGUUUUACCUUUGAACAAAUAUACUCUUAUGUGCGUUUAUCAGACUCGUCGUUGUUUUUUUAUAACUGUUCUAUGAAUAAACACUUUCAUACA